CUCUUUCAACAAUCGGACGUCGCUACCGUGGGACCUGAACAGUGCUGCAGGAGGAUGCAGCAGUUGUCAGGGAAUGGCGUCCCUCGAAAGUCCAGUCAGCUGUACGUUCACUUCGAGAUGCACAACUAAGGAACCUGACAGAUAAAUUCUAAGCUGGCUCUACAAGACACUCACAACGGGGUUUUGAGGAGAAUGAAUUCAAAAUGCUGCUUCGCCGCUCGCAGGAUAGCCUACUAGAAGCUGCGCAGUUGCUAUAAUCACGCGUCUCGAUGUAAACAAGAGAGUGAAUGUUGACAACUGAAGUGCUGAGUAAGCUACAGAGUGUAAAAGCCGGAGGUACGCGUACACUGACGAAAAGAAAUCUUACGAAAAUGUCUUUAUACGCAGUUUAAAUGCGCUGGUGUUAUCGAGUAAAGUUAUAUUUCGCUAUCUGUUCGUGUGGUUAAUAAGCUUGUUACAAAAGUAGCCUUUUAGCAGGUUAGCCAGUCAGCUACUCUUCUGGGUGACGUCUGUUUUAAUGCGGGUUUUUUCUACCUGUCAGAUAACAUGGCUUGUAUAAUAAUAUUGAGAACAGGUUAAAAUAGUGUAUUUUAAACAGAUCAGUAAAAUGAUGGAACCCCAGGACAAUAUUGAGGAGGAUGACACCGCAUCAUCAUCAUCAUCAUCAUCAUCAUCACCGCCACCGCGAGCUCUGCCCCGUCAGCGCGCGUCUCUGCAGAAGAGCAGCGUGUGUUCUCGCUCCUACUUCAUGGUGGUGAUGGUUUUCUUCCACGUUUAUAUAAUCAAUGUCAUUGCACUUCUGCUCUAUGUUCAUUAUAAUAACGGCUCUAACGCGAUAACGGCAAACCGGGAUUUUGCAAGCAGAGACAGCAGUCAUAAAGUUACUGGACCGUCAGAUCCCCAGACCCCAGCAGACUCGGGCUUUCCUCGAAAUAUGUAUCUCCCUCGCAUUGAAGGAAUACGGGUGGGCCAUGUCCAAAAAGUGUCACUGGUGCCAGGGAAAGUCCAUGAAAUGAAGACACUUAGUCUAAAGCCCCUUCUGUUUGAGAUCCCUGAGUUUCUGUCAGAGGAGGAGUGUGGUGUAGUUGUGCGUCUGGCUCAGCUGAAGGGUUUGAUGGAGAGUCAGGUCAUGGUGCCUGAAGGUCAAGAGGAACUUAAUCAACAGCUCAACCUCAGUCCAGAGGAAAUCUUCAAUUUUCUUGACCUAAACCAAGAUGGCCAGCUGCAACCACAUGAGAUAUUGACACACUCUCGAGUGAGAGAUGGAAUCUGGUUAACUUCUGAGAACCUUAAGGAAAUCUAUGAUGGCCUAAAGGUUGAUCAGGAUGGAAAUGGUCUUUUGAGUUUAGAGGAGUUCGGCCGUCUCAAAAGUGAUGCCUUUCAGCGUUUUCUGCUACAGCGUGGGGUGGAGAGGAGCCAGCUGGUGAGGAACAGCAGACACACCUGGCUCUACCAGGGACAGGGAGCACAUCAGGUUCUUCAAGACCUCCGCAAGAGAGUCACUCAUUUAACACGACUACCAUCCUCACUGGUGGAGUUAAGUGAACCUCUACAAGUGGUGCGUUACGAGCAGGGCGGCCAUUACCACGCUCAUCAUGACAGUGGGCCAGUGUACCCUGAAACAACCUGCACACAUACUCUCCUCGCCGCCAAUACCACCUCCCCAUUCCAGACAUCCUGCAGGUACAUCACAGUUCUGUUUUACCUUAAUAAUGUAGAAGAAGGUGGGGAGACUACCUUUCCAGUGGCAGAUAAUAGGACUUAUGAAGAAGCGUCACUAAUACAGAAUGAUGUGGAUCUGUUGGACACCAGGAAACAUUGUGAUAAAGGCAACCUGAGAGUGAAGCCCAUUAAGGGAACGGCAGUUUUCUGGUACAACUAUCUCUCUGAUGGUAGAGGUUGGGUUGGUGAACAGGAUGAGUAUUCUCUUCAUGGUGGCUGUGUGGUGACACGAGGGACUAAGUGGGUUGCCAAUAAUUGGAUCAAUGUCGAUCCAGAUUACCAGCGGCAGGCACGCUACCAACAGUUUGUUUCUCAACAGCAAGAGACACAAGAGCAAGAAGAACUCAUUUCAGAACUGAACUCAGACCAGCACGUAGAAAUACACCAAGACCUGUAAACGCAUACAUCCAGGUACAACAAUGCACAUAUAUGCACAUUCACCUUCUGUGUUGCUAUAUAUAUAUAUAUAUAUAUAUAUAUAUAUAUAUAUAUAUAUAUAUAUAUAUAUAGUCACCCACUUCCUCUUUCACAUAAACAUCCAGACACACAGUACAUUACCAGUAGAAAAUCACUAUACACACAGUCAUGCCUCUGCAUCACUCAUACACUCUGAAGCACUGACCUCAUACCAACAAACACAAAAAUACACUUUGCACUGUAUGUUUGGUUCGCUCUUCCCUACAUACACACAAAUGCACACUAUAGAAUUGUAGCCCUACCAACAUUUCCUCAUUUUCAGAAUUUAAUGAGCUUUACUCAACCUCCAGCAGUCCCAGUGUCGGAGCUGGAACUUUUUUUUCUUGGGUUGGAUUCAGGGAUAAGCAGCCUGAGCUUUAUGCAAUUGUGAAAGACAAUGCUACUGUUCCUAAUGUAGAUAUUUGAAGGCAUUAUUAUUUAUUUUUUUCAUGGGAAUGCAGCCAUAUUCGGCAACUGUGUUUACAUACAGAAUGACACUCUACUGUACCUUCCAAAGGCCGUACACACUGCAGAGAUUCAUUAAUGCAGUGAUAGUAAAUAGAAGUGCAUACGAGAUGUGUAUCUCUUCCCUGUAUGUUUUGUCUAGCAAUUUUAGCAAAUAAACCACUGUCAGUGCUAAAGCAACUUCACAAUUGCUGGAGGAUGUAGUGUGUGUACUGGCCAAAGAGUGUGGGAAAAAAAAAAUUAUGUUAUUGCUUUCUGCUGAAGUGACACUUAAACUGACAUCUAAAUCACCAAACACUUGAGGAAAGUUAUUUGCAGGGACACUCAGUAGUGACUUUUUCUGUCAAUGGACUACAGGUUAGUUUUAAUCAUAACUAUUAACAAAAAAUGAUUAAGAGUUUUAACCUAUGUAACAUCUUGUCAGCCUCCAUCUCUGCCAGAAUGUUUCUUACACUUGUUCUCUCAGAUAUUCCUGAAAAGAAGCAUGUAAAACUUGCACAAUCUUGUAUGAUUCAUUUGGAUUUCAGUAAUUUAUUUUGUAAUGUUUUCUUUGUAAAUUGCAGUGCAUCCAAAGAUUGACUGAAGUUAACUUAUUUUAUUUAUUUGUUGGAAUUGAAUCACAUUGUUGCUGUUAAAAUGCACAGAAACACUUUGUCAAAUAAAUUAUUAAAAUGACAAAAAAAAA